AUGAGCAAUGAAAUUGUAGCUUACAGUAGAACAUUAACUGGCCGAGCUCGAGGAAGAGUUCUCGGUGUGCCAAAGAAAUGUUGGGGUGGGGAACUAAUUGUGGAGAGAAUCUCAAAAUCUGAUCAAAGUCUGUACUGUCGAUACAAUAGAUGCGUGAAGGCGGCUGCAAAGGGGCUCAUCAACGACAAUCAUACUUUCAAGUGGGUUGAUGAUUGGUCAAUGAUGCAAAAAUAUUGCGUUUUCGUCAUGAAAGACUUAAAGAUGAUAACCUUCUACGAUCUAGGAGAUAUGGCAGGAGAAGAUGGAGAAUUUAGCGUAGCCGUGGAGAAGCCAAAAGAAGGAGGAGGAACCUCUUCGAUCAUGUAUCCUUUGCUCAACUCAACUAACUACACCGUGUGGGCUCUGCGAAUGAAGAUAGCACUCAAGGUGCAUAAAGUCUGGGUGGUUAUAGAGACCGAUACGGUUCCACUCAACAUUGAGAAGAACAACAUGGCUAUGGCCUUACUCUUUCAGUCAACACCGGAGGCGCUUACCCUUCAAGAUGGUGAACUAGACACAACAAGAAAAGUGUGGGAAGCAAUCAAAGCUAAACAAUGUGGGAGCUGA